ACAGGGGCAUUCAAUGUAACGUGUAUCUGAUGCCAUCUAGUGUAUAAAGACGGAAAUUAUUUGGAUCAAACUGCACUUUUAUAAUCUUAACAAUGACCACACGAUGCUGCCAUUCUCCAUCCAUACACCCGUACAUCAGUAAUGUCAUUGCGACACUAACUAUUAGGCCUACACCAUUUGGUAUUUCACAAACAUAUUCACGUUAGAUUGGAAUGUCAAACUGUAUGGCUACAUACAAUAUGCUAAUGCUCUUCGUUUUUAAUUAGAUCGGCGGUUUUUAACUGCAUUGGACGUUUUAAAUUGCAUUGCAGGUAACAAGCUGGUGUGAUUGUUUGAGACUCAGCUAGUGGCCAUCAAUAAUCCAACAUAUUCCAUCAAUUGGCCUCUAUAAUUGGCCUUGAGAAGGUUACCAUUUACCGAACCGUUUAACAUUCGUAAGAAAACGAUAUACAUUCACUUUAAUGAUUACAAUGAACGGUGUUAAAAAUAGAGCGGCCACGAUGUUUCUUCACUCAUUCAAUGGGGUUGAUAUUUUCCCACUGUCAGGUUGGUAGGGGACAUCUCAGAAGGCGUGGCUUGAUUACGUUUCACUCCUCCCGUCACACACACACAUGAGCGGGCAAGUGUAUUUUUCUGUCCCUAUCACCUCGCAAGGCUGGCCUCUACACGGGAAUAAUGCAAUGUCAUUGAAAAUGUUACCUCGUAUAUCGUAGCCUACGUUUAUUCAGAAUGCGCCUCGCCCGAGAUAUAAGCACAGAAAAUAGCACGCUAAUGCUGACUUCGUAUUGAAAUUAUUUGUAUCAGGUGGAUGUGAGCUGCGGUGGCUCAAGCGCAUCGGUAACGAAGCUGCAUGCUGUAAAACCGUUAAAUAAAAAGAAAACCAAGCUGUUUAUAUCGUGGUUGUUCCUAGCAGUGACGACCCUCCGGACGUCGUAACCAUGAGUGGACAGGACGAAAGUUCGGUGCGGGUCGCGUUGAGGAUUCGUCCUCAGCUGGCGAGGGAGAAGAUCGAGGGAUGUCACAUCUGUACGUUCUGCAUGCCCGCCGAGCCCCAGGUGAUGCUGGGUAAAGACAAGGCAUUCACUUACGACUACGUGUUUGACAUGGACUCCCAGCAGGACAUCAUCUACACACACUGCACUGAGAAACUCAUCGAGGGAUGCUUCGAGGGGUACAACGCUACCAUCUUCGCCUAUGGACAGACUGGUUCGGGGAAGACCUACACCAUGGGCACAGGGUUUGACGUGAACAUCAGUGAGGAGGAGUUGGGCAUCAUUCCCCGGGCAGUCAAGCACCUCUUCAGGGGCAUUGAGGAACGACGGCACUCCGCCACAGAGCAGGGCAAGCCUGUACCCGAGUUCAAGAUCAACGCACAGUUCCUGGAGCUGUACAAUGAGGAAGUGUUGGAUCUGUUUGAAUCAACGCGGGACAUGGAUGGGAAGAGACAGAAGUCCACCAUCAAGAUUCAUGAGGACGCUAGCGGAGGCAUCUACACUGUGGGAGUCACCACGCGCACGGUCACCUCCGAGGCAGAGAUGAUGCAGUGUCUGAAGCUGGGUGCUCUGUCCCGUACUACAGCCAGCACCCAGAUGAACAUCCAGAGCUCGCGCUCCCAUGCCAUCUUCACCAUCCACCUGUGCCAAGUCAGAGUCUGCACUCCAGACGACAGCGAGUCCAAUGAGACAGACGGCCGCCUGGCCAACGGUUCCUCUGAGAUCAACUCUGAGUUUGAGACGCUGACGGCUAAGUUUCACUUUGUGGACCUGGCCGGGUCGGAGAGACUAAAGAGGACAGGAGCUACUGGGGAUAGAGCCAAGGAAGGCAUCUCCAUCAACUGUGGACUGCUUGCUCUGGGUAACGUGAUCAGUGCUCUGGGGGACAGGAGUAAGAGGUCCACCCACGUGCCUUACAGGGACUCGAAACUCACCCGGCUACUGCAGGACUCUCUGGGAGGAAACAGUCAAACGGUGAUGAUAGCGUGUAUCAGCCCAUCUGACCGGGACUUCAUGGAGACACUGAGCUGUCUGAACUACGCUAACCGAGCCAGGAACAUUAAGAACAAGGUGAUGGUGAACCAGGACAAAGCCUCCCAGCAGAUAUCAGCUCUCAGGACUGACAUUGCCAGGCUACAGAUGGAACUGAUGGAGUACAAGACGGGCAAGCGUAUGGUGGGGGAAGACGGCAUGGAGAGCAUCAACGACAUGGCCCAUGAGAACAGCAUGCUACAGACAGAGAACAGUAACCUGAGGAUCAGGGUCAAGGCCAUGCAGGAGACCAUUGACGCCCAGAGGGCCAGACUCACACAGUACCUCAGUGACCAGGCCAACCAGGUUCUGGCCAAAGUGGGUGAGGGGACUGAGGAAAUUGGAAAUAUGAUCCAGAACUAUAUCAAAGAAAUCGAGGAGCUCAGAGCCAAGCUCCUGGAGAGUGAGUCAGUGAAUGAGAACCUCCGUAAAACCCUGUCCCGUGCCAACACACGUUCCUCCCUGUACGCUGGUGGGGGCUCCUUCUCCCCAGCCCACUUCGCCCCCGAGAUAGUGGCUUCCGACAUCAUCGAGAUGGCCAAGAAAGAUCUGGAGAAACUCAAGAAGAAAGAGAGGAAGAAAAAGAAGAGUGUGGUCAAGGAGGGGGUACCAGACAACGAACAGGAAUGAGGCAACGACGAGGCUGAGGGGGAGGACCACGUCAGUGACCAUGAGGAAGGAGAGGAGCUGGAGGGAGAAGAGGAGGAGUAUGAGAUGGAGGGAGAGGAGAGCUCGGACGAGUCCGACUCUGAAGAACUGGAUGAGAAAGAGGACUUCCAGGCGGAUCUGGCCAACAUCACGUGUGAGAUCGCCAUCAAGCAGAAGCUGAUAGACGAGCUGGAGAACAGCCAGCGCCGUCUGCACACGCUCAAACAGCAGUACGAACAGAAACUCAUGAUGCUGCAGAGCAAGAUCAGAGACACACAGCUGGAGAGGGACAAGGUGCUGCACAACAUGGGCUCAGUGGAGACGUGCACGGAGGAGAAGGCUAAGAAGAUUAAGUUAGAAUAUGAGAAGAAGCUGAGCUCUAUGAACAAGGAGAUGCAGAAGCUACAGUCAGCCCAGAAGGAACACGCACGCCUCCUCAAGAACCAAUCACAGUACGAGAAGCAGCUCAAGAAACUCAACCAGGAUGUGGCUGAGAUGAAGAAAACAAAGGUGGGCCUGAUGCGCCAGAUGAAGGAGGUGCAGGAGAAAAACAGAGUGUCAGAGUGCCGACGCAACCGAGAGAUCGCUACUCUGAAGAAGGACCAGCGCAAACAUGAGCACCAACUGAGACAGCUGGAGGCUCAGAAGAGGCAGCAGGACCUGGUACUACGCAGGAAAAAUGAGGAGGUGACAGCUCUGAGGAGACAGGUGAGGCCCACCUCAGGGAAGGUGAACAGAAAGGUGAGCCUACCGGAGCCCCUCCAGGACCCUUCACACCGUGGCAUCCCAGGCAGACCUCACUCUGCUGGGGCAGUAGCCCCCAAUGGAACCCCAAGGAAGUACCCGUUGAGGACGGGGAGUGUCUACACCACCAGGACAGCCCGGGUGAAAUGGCAGUCUCUGGAGAGACGCAUCACUGACAUCAUCAUGCAGAGGCUGACCAUCUCAAACAUGGAGGCUGAUAUGAACCGCUUCCUCAAGCAACGUGAGGACCUGACCAAGCGAAGGGAGAAGGUGUCUCGUAAGAGGGAGAAGAUCGCCACAGAGGGGACCGACACGGACCGAAGCAUCCAGUCUUUGAACGAAGAAAUGGAUGCCCUGGCGGCCAACAUCGACUACAUCAACGACAGCAUCGCUGACUGUCAGGCUAACAUCAUGCAGAUGGAGGAAGCGAAGGAGGAGGGAGACACAGUGGACAUUACCGCGGUGAUCAGCUCCUGUAACCUAUCAGAAGCCCGCUUCCUGCUUGAUCACUUCCUGCACAUGGCCAUCAACAAGGGUCUGCAGGCGGCCCAGAAGGAUUCCCAGGUGAAGAUGAUGGAGGGCAGGCUGAAGCAGACAGAGAUCAACAGCGCCACUCAGAACCAGCUGCUGUUCCACAUGCUGAAGGAGAAAGCUGAACUCAACCCUGAGCUGGACGCUCUGCUGGGCAACGCACUGCAAGAGAUAGGUUACCUACUGGUGGGAGAGAAUGGCGAUGACAGCAGUAGUGAUGAGUCCUCUACCCCCAGCCCAGCCACAGAGGGAAGUUUAUUGGCCUCUGACCUCCUGAAACUGUGUGGAGAGGCCAAACCUAGGAAGGCACGCAGAAGGACAACCACCCAGAUGGAGCUGCUGUAUGCUGAUAGUGGUGAAUUUGACUCCCCUACGGGGGACUUUUCUGCCUCUCUGCUACCCCUGGCAGAGGCCCAGGAAGGGACAGGGGACAUGGGGCCAGUAGCAGGACAUCUCGGGGACAGGGAACUCACUGUGUCCCCCUCAGCACUGUCCACCAGGAUAGCUGGACUUUCUGGAGUCUGGUCUUCGAUGGGAGCUGAGACUAGAUCACUGGAACGCUCACCUCGAACACCCAGGAGGAUGCUAGAGAAGGGAGGACAACCCCCCUUAGACGUCAAGGAACACACACCUAUGGACCCCAAAGGACACCCGGCACGAGAGACAAAGUCACACAUACCCACGCCCACAGCCACAGAGAAGACCAAAAUCACAGACACCAAACCAACGAUGGAAGAGUCGAUUAUAUAUCAAGGACAAAGAGGGGUGAUCAACCCCGUGUCAUCCCCUAAGAGCAGCCAUGCUGCCAGACUACAGUGUGUCUAUGUGGCUGAGGGACACACCAAACCUGUCAUGUGUGUCGACUGCACUGAUGACCUGCUCUUCACUGGCUCUAAAGAUCGUACGUGUAAGGUGUGGAACCUGGUGACUGGUCAAGAGAUCAUGUCUCUGGGAGAUCAUCCCAGCAGUGUGGUGUCUGUUAGAUACUGUUCCAGCCUGGUCUUCACUGUCUCCACCGCUUACAUCAAGGUCUGGGACAUCCGAGACUCCGCCAAGUGCAUACGCACACUCACGUCGUCGGGCCAGGUGAGUACAGGGGACAGCUGUGUGUCUCUCAGGUCCCUGUCCAUCCCUCCAGGAGAGAACCAGAUCAACCAGAUUUCUCUGAACCCUACGGGAUCCUACCUCUACUCCGCCUCUGGCAACUUAGUCCGCAUGUGGGACCUCAGGAAGUUUGUGUCUACUGGGAAGCUGACGGGUCACCUGGGUCCGGUCUUGUGUCUGACCGUCGACCAGAUGGGCAACGGUCAAGACGUGGUCCUAACGGGGUCCAAGGACCACACCCUGAAGAUGUUUGAGGUGACGGAGGGUGUCCAGGGCAGCAUUGUGUCCUGUCACAACUUUGAGCCACCACACCAGGAGUGUAUCGUCUCUCUGGCUGUUCAGGGGAACAGCCUCUACAGCAGCUCCAGAGACUACUGCAUCAAGAAGUGGGACCUGUCCCGGAAACGACUAGUACAGCAGGCGGCGAGCGCCCACUCUGACUGGGUAAGUGCGCUGGGUGUUGUGCCAGGGUGCCCGGUAAUGCUGAGUGCAGACAGGGGAGGUCUGCUGAAGCUGUGGCACGCUGAUUCCCUGGCACCGCUAGGAGACCUGAGGGGACACGACAGCCCUGUUAACGGAUUGGCUACCAACAGCAGCCAACUAUUCACUGCCUCAGAUGACCGGACAGUGAAGAUUUGGCAAGCAAAGGGUUCUUUGGAGGAAGGCAUCCAUUGACACUGAGAAGGAGACCUCUGGACUGUGACCGGACACAACUCUGGGGACCUACUAGAUUACUCUGGAUCUACUACAGCCUAUGGAUCUAUUGCUGCCUGCUGGAUCUACUACUCGAUCUAUUUGCUUGCUGCUCUGCACAAUGAUCUGUGGAUGUAGGACCUCCGAAGACGGUCACAGGGCAGAUGACCAGCCCUGACACACAUAUGACCCCUUGAGUUCACCAACAUAAGACGUUCACUCGACGAGGUUGGAGGAGAGUAGCACAACAGUCAUGGUAUUCACCUGAAGGACAGUGAAACUCCAGUGUAAUGCCCAUGGUUCUGUCUCAUGCUGUGUCCUCUCUAUACAUAUCGUAGAGGAAUCAUCCACUACAGUGCGUGGAAUCAUCUCUCUGUGUUAGGCGGGGGGGGAUGUCUUCUAAAUAAAGGCCCUAUGGAGGUUGGUCUUACUUCAGCUGUUACUGCCAAACCCUAUGGGAGACUCAUAUAGCCUUAGUGGGGAAUAGGGAUAUCUCAGUAGGAAUAGCACAGUGAACUAGUGGUCGUCAUCAUUCUACAAUAUGUGAUUGUGGAUUUUCAUCUCAACCAAAUUCAAGUGUUGCUUUUAAUGUCGUUACCUGCAGAUCGUGUGUGACCAAAGUACAAACCUUCUCUGUGUUAGUCAACGGGCUGUGACGAGAGUAUCUUUAGCCAACGUUGUACUUGCCUGUGUACAGUACCUCUAUACUGGUCUUACUCUCUUUGUAUCGUGCAAGUACAUUCAAACCUCAAACUACAAAAAGUGGUUUGAUCUUUAAUUUUCUGUCAAAGUGUUUGUAUUUACGUGUGUUUUCAUGGUGACUUUGAAACCUCCAGUUCUGAGCUUCCAUUUCAUGUUUGUAUCCAAUGGCCUGCGUCAAUCAUUUCAGAGCCCAGGUAAAGUGAGGUUACCUGUGCACAGGCGUAUGCCCCAUCUUAAAUCAACUCAAAAGUUUACUGAUCGUGUGCACAGAUUUGCAGAUGUUAUCGCAGGCGCAGCGAAAUGCUUGUGUUUCUAGCGCCAACAGUGCAGUAAUACUUAGGAAUAAAACAUUUCUGAGUGAGCUUUCCUGUGCCCACAUAUUCCAUUCCCCCAAUCUGAUUCAGGAACGGGCUGAACAGAAUGGAACAAAACAUAGAGGUGUGUGUUAUUAUCAGUGCCUGUCAAUCGUAUACUGUAGACACAGUAGUACAGUAUCACAACCUAAUCUGUGUGGACUAGCCCAGGAUCCCUAGAUUGGGAUGACAUAGGUUUUAUGACCACAUCUUUAUGUAAAUAAGAAUCUGUUUUUCUUCCUCCUGGACAUAUUGCGCGCAAAUUCCGACUUUUUAGUGUUUCUAAUUUCAUAUGCAGUGUGGAAAUAAAUGUCAUCUGUCAAAAA